AUGCCAGUGGUUAUACCCGCGACGCUGGCGCCGCGAGCGCCGGCGGGCGUGCUAGCGCGCGAGGCCCUUGUCCCGGCCGGCGCCCGGGCGCGGGAAGCGCUGACUGCUGCGGGCGCCAGCGCGCGGGCGCGCCAGGCGCUCGCCGCCGUCGGCGUGGAGCGUGCGAGGGCGCGCGAAGCGGGCAUGCGACGCCGCUUUCAAUUUGCACUCAAUGCACAGCUCUCGCAGUCACUCUUCUCUGGCAAUCAAAUACAUCUAAGAUACAAAUGGUUGGACGGGCGAUUAGUGGGCGCGUGGCCGACGCCGCGCUGGGAAUGGAUCCCCGCAGGCCGAGACGCGGCUCGGGACCGAUUUGGUCCGGAGCGCCGCGACCCCUUGCAGCUGCCCGCCUUUGAGCUGCCGCCGCGGUUCCACCCACCCACGCCACCUAACAUGCAUUUCACGCAUAUGGACCUACACCACGCGGUAGCGGGUGGCCCACGAGCAGGCGGUGGAGCCGGAGGUGCCCCUGGUGCUAGUUCGGGUUCCAGUGGCACCAGCGGCGCGGUCGGCGCGGGGGCCGCUGUGCUGGCGCUCGCGGCGCUUGUGCUGCUGGCGCGGGCGCUUGAGCGCUGCCUCGACCAGAGGCUCUUUAAAUUACUGCGGAGGCGAUCAGAUGAAUGGUUUACACCAAACGUGCUCGCUACAAGCCAUCACAUCAUAGAGGAGGGGACCAUGGAUGGCGCAGUUCCGGAGAGCCCGAAUGUGCCUUUGGGUGACCCCCCACCACCGUAUUCCAUGUGCCUACCCAAGAGUCCGCAAGCCCCUAGCAUCGCAGAGCCACCGCCCCCUUACUCAGCAUGCUACGUCGCCUUUGGGGGGCCUCAGGACCCGGUCCCCAGAGUGUAUUUGAAUGGCCCCACGCUGAACUCGUUCCAAGACACGGGCCAACCAGAUCCGAACAGGCAUCAUGGGGCCGAGCCCGAAGCGACUGGGGUGACACAGGGCAUGAGGGCUGGUGACAGAGGAUCCGACGCACGUCUUGCAGAAUGGAAUUUGAGUAGAGAUACCAUAGCUUCAGAACCAGCCGCUGUGUCUCCCAAUAGUGUAGCCUAGUGCAUCGAUCGACUUUGCGAAGUCAAACAUUAUCAUUUGCUUACGUUAGGUACUUGUAUAGAAGUAUUUUUGUAUAUUACUGAUAUUUAUCGUUCUCUGAGUAGGUGACUUAAGUACGUGCCCAUCCUAAUUUUAGCAAGUAGAUUUAAAGUGGACAUUUUGUUGU